UAAGGCGAGUUUAGUGUCGGCACACAGGAUUACUCGUAACAGAUUUUAUGUGGAAGCUUGACAUGUGUUUAGGAGACAAGAAAACAAGAUUUAUGUAGAUUCUUUUUAACUCCCUCUCCAGUGAUCAGAAAAAGACAUUUAUUUGUUAAUUAUUAAAUCUCUUUUUCUGACCGCUAAAGAGGGCACAAAAUGGCAUCUUCAGCCACCCAUGAGAGUCUGACAGGAAGUUCAUCAGUGGCCAGUAUAGGGUCAGCAGAACAACGGCCAAACUUUGUCCACCUUGAUGAGCGCUAUAAAUGCGCCAAGUGUAAAGAUGCCCUGUUAAAUCCAAUGCAAACUUCAUGUGGACAUCGCAUUUGUGAACUCUGCCUUGAUUCACUGUUCGGAGAAAAUCAGGUCGAGGUCAUGUGUCCAGGCGGUGAAGAAGAUUGCGACAAACUGAAUAAAAAUGAUGUCAACUCUGUUUUCAAGGACAAGAGUGCUCACAGAGAAAUGCAGAGGCUUGAAGUUUACUGCUCAAAUAAAAACUAUGGAUGCCCUAAAAAGAUGAAAUGGAAAGAGUUGGAUAAACAUUCAGCAGAUUGUGAAUAUACCCCUGAGUGUUGUGCAUUUUGUGGCAACCUUAUUCCACUUAUACAAACAAACCAUCACCAGACUGAAGAAUGUUCACAGCGACCAGUAACAUGUCAGUAUUGCCUACAACAGGUGCCCUUUUCAGAGUAUGAGACACACAUAGAUGAAACAUGUCUUGGAGUCCAAGUGGAUUGUCCACACAAAUGUGGUGCAACAGGAAUAAAAAGAGGGGAGCUUGAAGAGCAUUUUAGAAUAUGUCAAGCAAAGCCAGCAGAAUGCCCAUACAGAGUUUACGGAUGUGAAUUUCAGGGAACACAACCAGAGGUUAAGACACAUGAAGAUGAAGAUAAAGUGAACCACAUACAUUUAUUAGCUGUACAGUUAGGUAGACUAGAACUUGACAAGAUGGAGAUCACACGAAAAACUGAGGAAUGCCAAAAUCAGUUAGAUGCUUUAAAGAACCAGGUCCAAAGUUUCGAAGCAGACAACGAGCAACAUAAACAGACCACAGAAAACUUUGAAAAGAAAAUGAAAAGCUUACAGAAAAUGAUGGCCAGUCAUGGCGAAAAAGUCUAUAAACUGGAAGACAAGGUCGAGGGAGUUGCAGAGAAAAAAGUUGUUGAAGACCACGGAAGACAAAUCACUGCUAUGAAAGAAACACAGAAGAAUCACGAAGAUAGGAUCGUCAGAAUCGAGCGUGGAGGUGGAGGAGGUACCGGUGGGAACGUGGGUGUCAGUGAGGCCUUAAUGAAUCAAUUAACUGCUCAUGACCGCCAAGUAGGUAUCCAUGAUGUGAGAUUGGCAGAGAUUGAUCUUCGCUUUCAAGUUCUAGAAACUGCUUCCUACGAUGGCAUCCUCAUCUGGAAAAUCAGAGAUUACACAAGGAGGAAGCAUGAGGCCACCACUGGGAAGACAUUGUCUUUGUACAGCCAGCCAUUUUAUACCAGCAGAUUUGGAUACAAAAUGUGUGCCAGGGUGUACCUCAACGGUGACGGAAUGGGCAAGGGAACCCACAUGUCAUUGUUCUUUGUUGUGAUGAGAGGUGAUUAUGAUGCCCUGCUUCAAUGGCCUUUCAGACAGAAGGUCACUUUGAUGCUCCUGGACCAAGACUCCGGUCGCCGCCAUCUGUCAGACACCUUCAGGCCUGACCCGACCAGCAGCAGCUUCAAGAAGCCCACCUCCGAGAUGAAUGUUGCUUCGGGAUGCCCUCUUUUUGUGUCCCAAUCAGUACUUGAGUCAAAAACCUAUGUGAAGGACGAUACAAUUUUCAUCAAAGUCAUUGUAGAUACAGCUGAUUUGUAUGGACCCUAAGUAACUCAUCCCCAGUAAACACACCAUGUUGGGCUGACAUGGACAUUAUUGCAAUGUGACUGUGACCCCAACAUGGUGUGUUUACUAAGAUCAUCCUGCCAGUGCCAAUGUCUUGUGUGUAUGUGUAUUUGUAUAUAUACUGGUAAAUACAUAUUCCUGUACCUAUACAGCUGUGCAAUCAGUGCAUACUUGACAUGGGCCCCAGCAGGUGUCUAUUAUAAUAGUUACAUAACUCCUUGUAUGAAGUGCCUCCCAAAAGUCCAACCCCUACGUCCUUGGCGUGGGAGGUGGUAAACAAAAUGAUUGGGAUAUGCUUGCCUGGUAAUGAGGUGCUUGUGUGCUAACAAUCCUAAAUCAAGUGGCUAACAGGGGCACUGGCAAACUUUAAUAUUAGCUUGUAUUACAGCUUCAUUUUUUUUUAGAAUUGCAGAUAUUCAUGUAUUAUACUGCAUAGAAUGAAAAAGUAAAAAAAAAUUAAAAAUUAAAAAAAAAAAUUAAUUAAAUGAAGAAGAUUACAGUGAUGUGUAUAUGCACUGCAAUUGAUAAAUGAGAUAAUUAUAUGUACAAAUUGAAAUUGGUUUUGUCAUAUCAUUGUUUGAAUCAGUAGUUUUUCCAGAAAACUUGGUGUCUUAAUUGUGGGAUGAUGUUAUUGCUGUGUUUGCUUACAUUUUAUAUUCUCCGUAGAUUCUGCUUAUAAAUAUUUCCCCAUACAAGGAGUUAUUGUAAUUACCUGUAUUGCAUCAAUUACACUCAUGAACAUUAAAUGCAACCCCGUCAGUAAUUAAGUAGCUUGCUUAGUGCAUUAAGGAAUGAUAAUGAGCUUGAGCUAAUUUUUAUAUAUAGAGCUCUUGUAACCAAGGGGUUGAACUCCCAAAUAUGAGGUAUGUUGAGUACAGCAAAAAUUGUGGUAUUUUGUCUGUUUUACACACAGUGCACUUUAAAUGAUAUGUGCACAAAGUGGAAUUCCCAAGACAGAAGUAGUUAAAGUAUAUUGAUAAUUUUGGGAUUUUUGUUUCUUUCACACCUAGUCCACUUGAAAUAAUAUGUGCAAGCAGUAACUACCCCCAGUAUACAUGUAUAUGAUGACUUUCUUCAUCCCAAAUGUGGGCAAGAAAUACAGCACAGGUGCCAAGCUUACUAACGCCCCAAUUUAAAUGUGUAAACAAAUACUCCAUUCCCAUAAACCCAACGUACUAGCUGGAUCGAUCUAACUCUGCAGGACUUCUCUCUAAAGAACUUUCAGGGUAAUCAGCUUGUCAGGCACACCCCCUACAUUAAAGUGCUUACACUGAAUGCAAUUCUAUAGGCACAUUUGGGACGAGGAAAGCCAAGAUAUGUAGUUACUCGUUAUGCAUAUUAUUCCAAGUGGACUAGGUAUGGAAGACACAAAAUGCCAAAAUUAUCUAUAUACUGAGAGUACUUCCGUUUUGGGAAUUCCACUCCUUCGGUUACUAUAUACAACAAAAUUAUAAUGAAAUACGCGGUACUAAGUGCCUCACUGAGAAUGCAGUGUUAUUUUAUAUACAGUCUUCCUUGAAUUUAUUCACGAGCAAUUGGUGCAAUACAGAAAUGGGAUGAGUGCUUUUGGUCCAUGUCAGGAAAAAUGACAAUUAAAAUGAGUUAGACAAAUAAAAUUUUCGUUAA